AUGAAGCGUUCCAUCCAGCCAGUAAUCUCUUUAGACCUAUUACUGUGCAUUCACAGUCAGACUGGAUCACCUCCCACCCCGAGGCUCCCCAAGACUUUGAACAGUUUUUCAAUGAUGCCUGCAGAAAGAUACCAUCUCCAGAGAAGCAAACGAUUUAUAUGCAGUCCAUUGGUAUGUUUUGGAUCUCUAGGGAACACCAGAGUUGUCAGUGAGGAAUAUAUUAAGUGGCUUAAGGGCUACUGCGAAGCAUUUUUCUAUGGCUUGACAGUAAAACUCCUUGAACCAGUUUCUGUUUCUGCAACGAGGUGUUCCUUUAGAGUCAAUGACCACACGCAGAACCUACAAAUUCAUGCAGGGCAUAUCCUGAAGUUCUUAAAAAAGAAGAAACCCGAAGAUGCCUUCUGUGUUGUGGGGGUAACAAUGAUUGAUCUUUACCCAAGAGACUCCUGGAAUUUCGUCUUUGGACAGGCCUCUUUGACAGAUGGCGUGGGCAUAUUCAGCUUCGCACGGUAUGGCCAGGAUUUCUAUAGCUCACACUAUGAGGGCAAGGUGAAGAAGCCUCGCAGAACAUCUUCUAGUGACUAUUCCAUUUUUGAUAACUAUUAUGUCCCUGAAAUCACUAGCAUUUUGCUUCUGCGAUCCUGUAAGACUCUAACUCAUGAACUUGGACACAUAUUUGGACUGAGACACUGCCAGUGGCUCGCAUGCCUAAUGCAAGGCUCCAACCAUUUGGAAGAAGCAGACCGGCGCCCUCUGAACCUUUGCCCUAUCUGUUUACGAAAGUUGCAGUCUGCUGUUGGCUUCAACAUUGUAGAGAGAUACCAAGCACUGGUGAGGUGGAUGGAUGACACAUCUACUGACACAAGAGUAACUCCGAAACACAGUCGUGAGAAGAGUGUGAGUUUGCAGAAACCUGUGGAAGCCUUUAAGGAAUGUAAAGAGUGGAUAAUAAAAUGCUUUGCUGUUCUCCAAAAAUAAGGACCUUCAGAUAGGAGCAAUUACAAGAAAUGCUGUACAUUGCACUUUCUUUUGAAUGGAGUACUUCAGUGGAGUAAACUGUUUACUGAUCUGUGCAGGGUCAGAGUAACAGAAUAGAACCUUCUUUGAAGCACCUGGACUGAAAUGAAGCUCCUUGUGAAUAAUAAAAACGCCACAAACUCUUUCUCGUCUGUCUUACCAGCCUGGUAAGCACACUGGGGCAGUGAGCACAUCAUUUCCAUUCUUCAAAUAUGUUUAUGUCUUACAAGAGAGCUAGGGUUAGCAGUAGCUAGUAAGUAAAUAAAUGCUUUAAAUUUAAAUUUUAUGUAUUGUAAUUAAAGCUUUAUAGUUUAAAAAUUAAUUUUCAUGGGGUGAGGAUAUGGUUCGAGUAAAGUACCUGACUAGCAAGUGCAAGGCCCUGAGUUCAAACCCCAGUACUGCCAAAAAAAAAGAAAAAUGAAAUAAUUUUCACUAACCAGAAAUCAAAGCAGAUUUUGCUUCACAAAUGCUGUCUGGACAAGAUUUUGAGCUAGUAAAGAAUAAUUUUCCACUGCCUAAAUACUCUAAGAAAUAAGUUAAUUUUAGGACUGGUGGAGUGGCUUAAGUGGUAAGAGUGCCUGCUAGUAAGCGGGAGGCCCUGAGUUCAAACCCUAGUGCUGCAAAAAAAAAUUUUUUAAUGCUGUUCCUUUGUGCCACAGUAUCUCUCCAGUCAAAGGAUUAAAUGUUGGCAUUUCAGUCCACAAAACGUUUUAUUAGGAUUUUGUUCAACUUGAUUGUUUCAUUUUUUUUCUUUUCUUUUGGUGGUACUGGAGUUUGAACUCAGGACCUCACACUUGCUAGACAGGUACUCUGCCACGUAAGCCAUG